GCACCAUAAUUGCAGAUAAUUUGUGCGAGUCAACUCAGCCCACCCACCCGUCUGCAUCAACGAACUGCUUUCUUCACUGUGUGACUGACUGGCACACUAACCAGGCACGCUCAAAACAAAUCUCUUCCUAGGAGCUCCAUUCCCUGUUUUCCUGCAUGCCAUUAUUAAGCGCUAUCUAGCUAGCACAUUGGAAUAAUUCGGCAAAAUUAGAUAACACGACAAAAUAAGAAAACGGCGAGUAUACGGGAAUAGGUUAAAAAAAAAAACGUUUUGCAUUACUUUGAAUAGUCCGAAUGUGAGACGACACCUCGCUUGGAAUGAUUUCAUACGCAUUUAUGUUCUGCAUUUGAGGUUUCUUUCAUCCGCGCAGCUGCAUUACGCGGACGGUUAUAUUUUAGCCUGGCUGGCUGUGUAGCAGUCUAUUCGUGCAAUGCACCGCUCAAAACGUCUCACAAUUAUUUUUCCUACACGUGGAGGAUCAAAGCCGCACAGAGAAUGCUUAAACAUGGGAUAGGCGUUUUAUGUGGUCAGUAUUUAUCUGCUAUGAUUUUGAAGAUCCGAGGUCAGAGACAGACAGCGGCUGUCCUCAAACGCGUCAUAGCCCACUUCUGCUGGAUGCAAAGAAAGAAAGACAGACUUGAGAUAGCCUUCUGACUCUUUAAAUAUUUAAGAAAACGGACUCUUCAAAACUGAAGAUAUGCUAGUCUCUGUCUAACAUCUUCUACGCUUGAUCUUCUAACAAUACAUUUUAAACAGAGAAGUCACGUAUGAGAGCCCAUGACCAGGCUCCAAAAUUACCCCGAACUAGGACGCAGCCUAAAAAUUGAUCCAAUGCGAAAUGGUAGGUGGUUAAAGCUUAUUAUUGAAAUUGUAUAAUUAGCCUAAGUUAUGUUAGAAUAUGAGCAAUCGAAAUCUGACAUAGAGCCUAUGUUUCAGCUUUGUUUCUCUGUUAAACGUCCGGCAGAUAGUAGCCUAGCCUAUCAAUGCGCACACAGUUCAAUUUGAUCAUACUGUAGCAAUUAUCUACUGUUGAUUUGCAGCACCAGCUUCUCCAGUUGGAAUGUCGCCUACGGUAUAUACAUACAAAAAAAUGCCUUCAUCAACACACAUUUACAUUGAACCUUAUUGCACAUCGCAACAAGGAGGACUCCUGAAUCGUUCCAAAAAUACUGCAAUUUAGAUCCCGGACAUCAACAACUUUAAUGGCUUUUGUGUUAAGAAGAUGGAGAGUGUUAUUGGUGCUGAACGUGGUUGCGGUCGCGGGGUUCAUGACACUUUGGACCAAGUGCACCCACACACGAGUAGCAAAAACCAUCGGUCAGGAAGAUGUGAAAAGACAAUCACGAUCUAACGGCACUGCUCAAGGUUUGAGCAUCAGUCAUGAAGUAUUGCUAAAGAGACUCGGGUCGUUGGAGGACGUGGUUUACAGACAGCUUAAUGGUCUGUCCAAGUCCCUGGGGCUGAUCGAGGGUUUUGGGGGGCGAGGUAAAGGGGGUUUCCCCGCCACCCUAGCCUCAAAAGAAGAGGCUGAUGCCAAAGUACUGAGGGAGAAAUAUGGAUACAAUGCUUACCUCAGCCAAAAGAUAUCACUGGACCGGUCCAUACCAGACUUCCGGCCUAGCAAGUGUAAAAAGGCCAGCUUCCCCAGGGAUCUUCCAAACAUCUCCCUUAUCUUCAUCUUUGUCAAUGAGGCGUUGUCAGUAAUCCUCCGCUCCGUCCACUCAGCUGUCAAUCACACACCGGCUCACCUCCUCAAAGAGAUCAUCUUGGUGGACGACUACAGCGAUGACGUUAUAUUUGGUUGUGUCCCAGAACAACUGAAAGGGCCGUUGGAGGAUUAUGUAAACAAGCGUUACCCAGGUAUGGUGAAAAUCGUGAGGAACCAGAAGCGAGAGGGACUGAUCCGUGCCCGCAUCGAGGGCUGGAAGGCAGCCAGUAGCGAGGUGACGGGUUUCUUCGAUGCCCACGUUGAGUUCACACCCUCCUGGGCUGAGCCGGUUCUGAUCAGAAUCAAAGAGGACCACAAGAGGAUCAUCCUGCCCUCCAUCGAUAACAUCAAGCACGAGACUUUUGAGCUGGAGCGCUAUGAGAACUCUGGCCAUGGCUACAACUGGGAGCUGUGGUGCAUGUACAUCAACCCCCCCAAACAGUGGUGGGAUGACGGGGACACCUCCGCACCCAUUAGAACUCCUGCAAUGAUUGGUUGCUCCUUUGUGGUCAACCGGGAGUACUUUGGGCACCUGGGGCUGCUGGACUCUGGCAUGGACGUCUACGGAGGAGAGAACAUCGAACUGGGGAUCAAGGUGUGGCUGUGUGGGGGCAGUAUGGAGGUGCUGCCCUGCUCCAGAGUGGCUCACAUUGCCAGGAUGAAGAAGCCCUACCACAGCAACAUAGCCUCCAGCACGCGGCGUAAUGCCCUGCGUGUGGCCGAGGUCUGGAUGGACCAGUUUAAGUCCCAAGUCUACCUGGCCUGGAAUAUUCCAAUGGAGAACCAUGGGAUAGACUAUGGGGACAUUUCUCAGAGGGUAGCCUUGAGGAAGUCUCUGCAUUGUAAGAACUUUGAGUGGUACCUGGACAACGUCUAUCCAGAGAUGAGGAGGUACAACAACACUCUCUUUUAUGGGGAGAUUCGUAGUAGCAAAGCGACCCAUCUGUGUAUGGACCAGGGAGAGAAGGUAAACCACACGGCCACCCUGCACCCCUGUCACGGAAUGGGACCUCAGUUGGGUCGGUACACCAAGGAGGGACAUUUUUUCCUCGGCGCUCUGGGCAGUACAGGGGACGAAACACGCUGUCUGAUGGACGACCAGGUCUCCAAUUUCCCUCAGCUCCUCAACUGUGACAAAGUCUCCAACACCAGGCUGACCACAUGGCACUUCUCUCAGAGCAUAGGGCCGCAGCGAGCCCCUGCCAUGCCAGACCUGUGCAGGUUAACCCUGUGUAGUAAUACUGUAAUAACACCACAUUGUAAGGACCUGUGAAGUUGAAAAUAAAAAAUGAUAGAAGCUGCCUGGAGGUGACUGUUGAUCAUAAAGCAUCUAAGAGUAGGAGUGCUGAUCUAGAAUCAGAUCCCCCCACUGUCCAUUCAUUAUAAUGUAAAAGGCUAAACUGAUUUUAGAUGAGCACUUUUAGUCUGACAAGCUUUAUGAAUACUCUGAGGUCCCAUGAAGGUAGUAGCCUACUCAGUUGAGAACAUUCUAUUUCCUCUGUCCUUCAGAACGAGUCGAUCAUCAACAGAGCCACGGGCCGCUGUCUGGAGGUGAUACAGGCUAACGUUUACUUCGGACACUCGCUGGUGCUUCAGACCUGCUCCGGACAGAGGUGGAACAUCAAAAACACAAUGAAGCAGUAGCCACAGCA